AUGUUGAAUGGACAAAUUCAACACGUUGUGACUUCUGAUAAUCCUGGAGGUGUUGAAUAUAGCGAUAUUCCUGUUUAUGGAAGGAAAACGUUGAAUGAGGUUGGAAUGGGAAAGAGUGGAGGAAAUAAAGUGGAAGGAAAAAGUAAAGGAAAUAAACAAGGGAAAGGAAACAAAAAGAUUCGAAAUGAGAAAGUUAUACCUAAUGUGGACGUUAAAAAUCGUUUUGCUUUAUUAGAAAAGCUAAAAGAAGAAGGGGGAAAGAAUAAAAAGAAAAAGCUGAACAAAGUAAUUGAGAAAACAAAAAUUGAAAACAAUGAAGAGGAGAAGGAAGAAGAAAAUUGCAAUCAAAAUUGUGAGGAAGUUGUGUGUGAGGAUGAGGAGGAAAUUGGAGGUUUUUGGCUUUUUAAAUUCUAUGAAUAA